AUGGCAUCCCGGCUGGGCCGGGCCCCAGUACUGGCGCGAGCCGGGUGGCCUGCGGUGCGGAGUGGGUGCUGGGGAGACCGCUUGCUCACCUCCCACGCGGGGGCCCUGGGGCCUGAGCAGCUGAGGAGCGAUGCGGACCUGGCAGACCUGAGUAGCCUGACCUAUGGACCCACGAGGAGCCCGGCGGAUCUCGCGGGGCAGCUCCAAGCCAAGGGGCUGAACCUGGUGGCCGAGGGCACCGCCCCCUUCACCAGGUGGUUUGUGGCCGAGGACGCGGCAGCCGGGGUGCGCACGCUGUGCUGCCGCGGGGUUUCCUGGACCCACCCCAGCCACGACUCCCUCGGCCUGGCGAAGGCCCUGCUGGCCGCCUGGCCCGCGCCUGCGCCCGGUGUGCCGGGCCUCUCCCUGCACUCCGGGGUGGCUGGCCUGGCCCAGGACCUGGCAGCCCAGGUGGGGCCCUGGCUCGACUCUGCGCCCGCCAGCAUACGGCUGGUGGGGCACAGCCUGGGGGGCAGCCUGGUGCAGGCGCUGCUGGCUCAGCGCGGCGGUGGCUGGGCCGCCCGCGGUGCGGAGCUGGUGACCUUUGGCUCGCCCCCCGUGCUCGCUCUCGACGCGGCGCCGCCCGCCCAAGACGGCGCUGGGGGGGAGCAUGCCAUGCUGAGCAUGCUGGGGCUGCCCUCGGCAAGGCACUACGUCCUGGGCAAGGACCCGGUGCCGGGGCUCCUCCUUUCCGCCAAGCCCCUCCUCACCUCCCUGGGCGUGGGUCGCCUUGGUGGGGCGCUUGGGUCCCUGCUGGGCAAGGUGGCGGGAUCUGGUGCGGCGAUGCCCCUGCCCCCACCCACCUACCAGGCGCUGGGUCCGGUGUACCUGCUGCGCUGGAACCAGAGCGCAGGCCACAGCGUCGUGAGGCUCACGCCCGCUGACGUGGCAGCUGAACUGGCAGUGGACGUGGAGUACCUGGGUCGGAAUCCCAUGCAACUCAUGAAGGUAGCCGAAGCUGGGGGUGAGCUGGAAGUGGUGGAAGAAGACCUCACUCCCGCAGAGCUGGCUGCCUUUCACGCUGCACUGGAGUCUGAGGAGCUCCUCUACGCCUACUGCUACACGCUUCGACGCCACAACGGCGAGCCUGACGUGGACGCACUGGGCGCCGGCGAGACGCUGCUGAUGCUCUGGCCGGGUACGAAAGAUCCACCACCACCCUCCCCUGUGCAUGCGCUGCGCCAGACUCUGGCCGACGCAGUGGGGAGCGGUCGUGGCGGCGCCCCCCACGCUUUCUUCGUGGCUGUGGUUGGGGACGCUGUGCAGCUGCUGCGGCUGGGGAGGAGUGCCGUGCUGCUGGCCCUGGUGGAUGCCGCUCGGAUGGCGAGCCGUGCGCGCAGCGCUGCCGAAGACCUCGAGGACGACGCAGCGCCGGAGCGGAUGCGGCAGGGUCGAAAGGCGUUUGUCAGGCAGUUGGCGGCAGUAGAGAAGAAGCUGGUCUUCUUCCUGGCUUGGGCAAACGAGCUGGACGACGGGACGCUGGAAAGCCUGGGUGACGGACUGGCCCUCUUCCUGGAAGAGGAGACCGCAAAUAUUCAGGCUCAGAACGAAGCCCGUCAGAGGCCUCCCGCCACCCCUGUGCCUGUCAUCACCGAGUUGUGA